AUGCUUCGCACGAGUCAUACUGCUCGUUUCGAUAUGGUUACGGACCAUGGACCCCGUGCUAGAUCCAUGCAUGGAAGCUGUCCUCAAACACCUUCACUGCCAGCAAUCAUUGUUCAACUUUCUGUCUGCAAGCCCAUAGACGUCAUAACGUGGGAUGUUGCCAGACAUGUUCAACCAAUCGGUCAUUGUAGCACUCACAUCGGCAGCAAAGGUGGGCGGCUAAUCCUGGAUAAAUGGGAUCCUCGCUCCAGCAGGACGAGCUUUUGUAUGCCGCUCGGAGUAUAG